AGCAGCGCCACCUGGUAUCGGUUAUUUUUAUGUUUACUGUCCUAUCUAGAGCAUAGCACGUCCUGUAUAAUCGAAGACUCAAAACUUUUCGGUUUCUGUGCCUUUUCCGGUUGUACUGUAGCGUGUGUCAGCUGCAGGAUGAAGCAAAUCGUAACCAACCAAACAGUGAAGAUUCCAGAUGGACUGACUGUAUCAGUCAAGUCUCGUUUGGUAACUGUGAAAGGACCAAGGGGAGUGUUGAAACGCUCUUUCAAACAUCUUGCUCUUGACAUCCGUAUGGUGAAUCCAAGGGUACUAAAGGUUGAAAAAUGGUUUGGUACUAAGAAAGAACUUGCAGCUGUUCGCACGGUCUGCUCCCACAUAGAAAAUAUGUUGAAGGGUGUAACCAAGGGAUAUCAGUACAAAAUGCGUGCUGUAUAUGCUCACUUCCCUAUCAACUGCGUUACCACUGAAAAUAACACAGUUAUUGAAAUCCGUAACUUCUUGGGAGAGAAAUAUAUUCGACGUGUUAAAAUGGCACCAGGUGUUACUGUCAGCAAUUCAGCUAAACAAAAGGAUGAGCUAAUUCUGGAAGGAAAUUCUUUGGAAGAUGUUUCCCGAUCCGCUGCGUUGAUCCAGCAAUCCACGACUGUCAAGAACAAGGAUAUCAGAAAGUUCUUGGAUGGCCUUUAUGUAUCUGAGAAAACCACAGUUGUGCAAGAUGAUGAAUAAACUAUUCUGACACUGAAUAUACUUUGUUGCAAAAUUUUCCAUUGUCGUACAAUUAAAUCCUCGUUCAAUCAAA